AUGGCCGGAGGAGGAGGGGGAGUUCUAGGUGGAGUAAUAAUAGCAGUAGGAGGAGUAGGAGUUCUAGGUGGAGUAUUAAUAGCAGUGGGAGAAGGAGGAGUUCUAGGUGGAGUAUUAAUAGCCGGAGGAGGAGUUCUAGGUGGAGUAUUAAUAGCCAGAGGAGGAGGGGGAGUUCUAGGUGGAGUAAUAAUAGCAGUAGUAGGAGGAGGAGUUCUAGGUGGAGUAAUAAUAGCUGGAGGAGGAGGAGGAGGAGGAGGAGUUCUCGGUGGAGUAUUAAUAGCAGUGGGAGAAGGAGGAGUUCUAGGUGGAGUAUUAAUAGCCGGAGGAGGAGGAGGAGGAGGAGGAGGAGGAGUUCUAGGUGGAGUAUUAAUAGCAGUAGGAGAAGGAGGAGUUCUAGGUGGAGUAUUAAUAGCCGGAGGAGGAGGAGUUCUAGGUGGAGUAAUAAUGGCCGGAGGAGGAGGGGGAGUUCUAGAUGGAGUAUUAAUAGCAGUAGUAGGAGGAGGAGUUCUAGGUGGAGUAAUAAUGGCCGGAGGAGGAGGAGCUCAAGGUGGAGUAUUAAUAGCAGCAGGAGGAGGUCUAGGUGGAGUAUUAAUAGCAGGAGGAGGAGCUCAAGGUGGAGUAUUAAUAGCAGCAGGAGGAGUUCUAGGUGGAGUAUUAAUAGCAGGAGGAGGAGGAGCUCAAGGUGGAGUAUUAAUAGCAGCAGGAGGAGGAGGAGUUCUAGGUGGAGUAAUAAUGGCCGGAGGAGGAGGGGGAGUUCUAGAUGGAGUAAUAAUAGCAGGAGGAGGAGGAGCUCAAGGUGGAGUAUUAAUAGCAGCAGGAGGAGGAGGAGUUCUAGGUGGAGUAUUAAUAGCAGGAGGAGGAGCUCAAGGUGGAGUAUUAACAGCAGCAGGAGGAGGAGUUCUAGGUGGAGUAUUAAUAGCAGGAGGAGGAGGAGCUCAAGGUGGAGUAUUAAUAGCAGCAGGAGGAGGAGGAGUUCUAGGUGGAGUAAUAAUAGCUGGAGGAGGAGUUCUAGGUGGAGUAUUAAUAGCAGGAGGAGGAGCUCAAGGUGGAGUAUUAAUAGCAGCAGGAGGAGGAGGAGGAGUUCUAGGUGGAGUAUUAAUAGCAGGAGGAGGAGCUCAAGGUGGAGUAUUAAUAGCAGCAGGAGGAGGAGUUCUAGGUGGAGUAUUAAUAGCAGCGGCAGGAGGAGGAGGAGUAAUAGCAGUAGAAGGAGGAGUUCUAGAUGGAGUAUUAAUAGCAGUAGAGGAGGGGGAGGAGGAGUUCUAG